AUGAGCACAACUACCUUAACUGGCAUUGGACGCCAUCCGUCCAUUCGGCAUCCUUCCGCAUGGUCACAACCGCACAGAGAUCCAAGUCUGCAAGCGCAGAGCAGUCCGAUAGACGCCUUUCCAGCCUUCGUUGAUGAGACGUCUGAAGUCGCUACAAAUGGGAAUCCACAUGAGGAGCAGAAUGGGAACCAAGAUCAUACAUGGCAACCCCGGAAAGCCGGAUAUGCGGGUUGGGAUCAUCAUAAGCCUGCGUCGAAGCACCGACCACGUAAAAGCAUCAGCGAAACGAUCACCACGAUUAGAAAGCGGAAUGCUAGUAUGAGUGCAAACGCACAUGAAAUAGCGGAAGCCCUGAAAGCUCCAGUAUCAUAUAAGCUGAUUGGCCUCUGUAUUAUCUGGUACAUGACAUCAGCCGUCACCAAUACGUCGUCCAAGUCCAUAUUGACCGCGCUUCCCAAACCUGUCACUCUUACCAUCAUACAAUUCGCCUUCGUGUCGUUUUGGUGUCUAAUCCUCACAUAUUGUUCGUCCCUUUUUCCUGGACUGAAGACCGCUAUACCCGCCCUCCGUAAUGGCAUACUGCGACCAUCACGGGAAGUGAUCAUUACAGCCCUGCCUUUGGCAGGAUUCCAAUUGCUUGGACAUAUCUUGAGCUCAAUGGCGACCUCCCAAAUUCCAGUUUCGCUCGUGCAUACCAUUAAGGGUCUUUCACCGUUGUUUACGGUUCUGGCGUAUCGAGUUUUUUUCCGAAUUAGGUAUGCAAGAGCGACAUACCUAUCGCUAGUUCCUCUCACAAUGGGAGUGAUGCUGGCAUGCGCUACGGGCUUCUCCACCAACUUUUUUGGAAUAAUCUGUGCAUUGCUUGCUGCGUUGGUGUUUGUGUCCCAGAAUAUUUUCUCGAAAAAGCUCUUCAACGAAGCAUCGCGCGCAGAAGCGGACCCUUCCCCCAGUGCACGACGCAAACUUGAUAAACUUAACCUGCUUUAUUACUGUUCGGCGCUUGCCUUCCUCCUUACUUUACCCAUCUGGUUAUUCUCAGAAGGAUUCUCCCUAAUAUCAGACAUCCUCAGCAAUGGAGCCAUCAGCCUCACCGAGAAAACAGAUUCUUUGGACCACGGCGCUUUGUUCCUGGAGUUUGUAUUCAACGGCGUGUCUCAUUUUGCCCAGAACAUUCUGGCGUUUGUCAUUUUAUCGAUGGUCUCUCCAGUUUCCUACUCGGUGGCAUCUCUGAUCAAACGAGUAUUCGUUAUUGUCGUGGCAAUCAUCUGGUUUGGCAGCUCGACGACAUCCACUCAAGCAGUCGGCAUUGGUCUGACUUUCUUCGGGCUCUAUCUCUACGAUCGAAACAGUCACGACGACGUCGCCGAUCAAAGAGCCAAUGCUGACCACUUCCGCAAUCGCGACUCACUCUUGCCUCUGAAUACAGCGACUCCCAAGAACCGAGACUCUAAACCUUAUCAUUUCCCCCCUAUUCCCGCAGACCGUAACGAGCCUAUGGCUUCCACUGAUGACAAAAGGGACGACCAGUCCAAUUCUAUCCGACCUCGAGGGGCCAGCGUGUCUCGGAAUUGGCUUCUGCCAGGCACCAAGCAAGAGACGACUUGGCAGCGAGGUGAUAAUUAG